AGGAGAUCAUUACAAGUAAUCCUAUUUGAGGCUUUGUUUUUUCUAUUUUGCUGGUGUGAUUAAAUAAACAAAGCAAGCUGGAAAGUUGGUUGGCAAAUUGUUCAGCUGACAUUGUCAUGGAGACUGCAAACAGUUGAACACUGAUAAAUGGAGUGUCAAAAUGUAGUUGAAAUAGGAUUUUAAAGACAAGAGAAAACAAAUGCAAGAUAUGAAAGUUAAAAUGUUGUCAGAGACAGAGGCUUUCAGAAGCUGAGAGUAGUAAAUAACCAGUUAAAUGAGGUAAGAAUGUAUGUUUUUUGCACACACACACACACACUUGCAAUACACAUUGUUCAUUUCAUAUUUUCAAAUGUUAAAGAAACAAUUGAUUAUCCACAACAAGUCCACGGAAGAUAAAUAUCAAGUGUCAAAGAUGAGUUUGUGUUAAUGAAGAGAAAAAAUUAUGUUUUCUGUAAGGAUGUCUCUAAUAUGUGACCUGAAACACUGAGUUAUAAUAAUUUAUUAAAUAUACAACAAUACUAAUACCAGUGAUGAAAAUUUAAGAAUCUCAAUAACCAAUUUCAUAAUUCUAAAAAAAUAAUUUUAUCAAGGAAUUAUAAUGAAAAUGAAGCUUUCAAGUAAAACUUUACAACUGACAAUAUGAUGCUAAAAUAGAGAAAUGGUCUCCAAAUAGUUUGGCUAUUCUUUUAAAUAUUUACUAAAUGCAAAGUACUAAAAUAUACAAUACAACAAACAGUUUCUAAAAUCUUAAAAUUGAUUGACAUGAAUGCUUUGUAGUCAAAAUACCAAUUUUUCUGUGGUUUUCACAAUCUUUUUCUUUUUAGUAAAUGCCUCUAUCUAAAACAUACAUAUUAAAAUUUCUGAAUAAUGUUUUAGUAAUUUAGAUAUGGACUGAAAUAAAAUAUAAUAUCUGCCAGUGAAAUAAUGGAUACUAUUGUAAGUUAUAGAAUACGGGGAAGUUCAUAUUUAAGUUAGAAUGAAAAUGAGGAGAUGAACAGCCAUAAAAAGAUUUACUGUAAUUAUAACCUUUCGUCAGAAAUGUGGAAUUAACUUUAAAGUUAGUCAGAGACAACACAUUUCAUAUUGCUUUGUGAAUCAAACAAAGUUAUUGAGGAACAUAUUCUUUAAAAAUUAUUCUAAAGUAUUUCAUUUUGAUUUGGAAUCAACAAUACAACUACCAAGAGAUGAUAAAACAGACAAGUCAUAAUGUACAGUCGUAAACUUGUCUUACACUUCAUACUUUCCUGUUCACACUUCUCUGCUUUUUACUCGACGUAACAAUUUGUUUCUUGAGGGUCUCCCCGCAAAAAGAAUAUUUCAUUUGCUCCCUGCACAGUUUUCUUUGUAGGACUGGCUUUCAUUAUUUUCUUUUUAUUUUGAGAAGAGCAAACAGUUUUUUGUUUCACCUCAGGGCAUUUGAAAAUGCUUCUUUUAUCACGUACCAUUAUGUUAUAACAAGCUGAUAUUCAUGAAUUAAUAUGGAUUCUAUCAGAUAUCAAUUCAGAUAUAAUCUAAAUGGUAAUUUGGAGCUCGACUUACGAAGACAUCGAUUAGUUGCAAUACCAUCCAGUGUGUUCAGGUAUCCAGCAAUCAAAGUAUUAAUUUUACAAGAGAACUUUCUGGAAUAUCUACCACGUGACAUUGCCAUGUUAGCAUCAUUAAGUGUUUUACAAUUACAGAAAAACAGACUAAUGAGCAUUCCCAGAGAAAUAACAUACUGCCGCCAACUGCAGUAUUUGGAUCUCACUAGUAACAAUUUCAUCUCUUUUCCACAAGCCAUCAUUUUCUUAAAACAACUCAAAAUCCUCAAAAUAGCAAACAACCAAAUCAAAGAUAUACCAUAUCAAAUUAGUUAUUUAGAUAAAUUGUGCAAAUUUGACAUUCAUAAAAACAACUUACAGAAUUUGCCAAAUUCAAUGGCAAAUCUCAAAAAAUUGAAAGAAUUAGAUUUAUCCCAAAAUCUUUUUGAGCAGCUUCCUCCGGUUAUAUGCUCAUUAUGCAAUACUAAAUCCUUAAAUUUUAGUAGAAACUUAUUGACUUAUAUAAUACCUUGCAUGGAUAACUUGAAGAACUUGCAAGAACUAAAUGUCUCAUACAAUAACUUAAUGUCAGUGUGUUUAUCGAUGAGCAAGUUAAAGAAGAUGAAGUAUCUAAAUCUGAGUUACAAUCAACUGACGGAAGUGCCAACAUCUCUACAGCAGUUGCCAUAUCUGAGAAUACUUCACAUUCAAGGAAAUAAAAUUAAGCAUGUACCAAAUGGCUUCACAAGUUUAAUGUACCUGAAUCUUUCUAACAAUCAAAUCUAUAAUUUCACAAUAGGGAAAAUGAAAAAUUUGUUAUCAUUGAACAUCAGUCACAACAGAUUGAGUCAAUUACCUCACGGCUUCUAUCAACUGAAACGACUAGAACAUCUGAUUGUUAAUGACAAUCAGAUAAAGUCCAUACCUUAUGAAAUAGUAAGACUAAAACAUCUACGCACACUGGAUAUUAGCAACAAUAGGUUAACAAGUGUACCGCCAUAUAUUCCUCAAAUUACAAGUUUGGAAUAUUUCAAUACAGAAAACUGUAACGGUGAACAAGAGACAAACUCACAAAGAAACGAAUUAAUCACAGCAAAGAAACACUUUAUGAAAAAACACGAAAGCAAUUUAAUUCAGAAGAAGAGCCUUGAAGCUAAAUCUCCGAAGCAAUAUUCCUCAAUGAAAAGUUUUACUGGUGAUAAUCAAUAUACAAAAAGAAAACAGUGCAAACGUCUCCAAUGCCAGACGGGGACAUUGUUGAAGAACACUGCUUUAUUACAAUAUGACACAACACAUUACACAAUGCCAUCAUAUAAGGCUCAGGCAUGGAAUAACACGGAUGCCAACUCAAUAUCAAAUGUAUCCAAUCAAAGGCAAAUCUUAAACAGAGGAAACCAAUGGCUCCAUGCUUACUCUAAAAGCACAGACAGCAAACGAAACCUUCAUACAAGUGACAGCACAAGUGGUUUUGCAGAUGAGAUUGAAGUCAGUAUUGCUAGUGAUGUCUCUUCAAACGAUCCAACAAUAAUGACCAUUCAUGACUGGUUGGAACCAGAACAACACAGGGAUACUAACUGGCCGACAGUCCAAUUCAACUUUGAUGAAACUAUUUCAUGUGGCUGUAGUGAUUCUAAUGCAACAACGGCUAAUCCAAGAGCACACGGUCUGGUGAAGGUAUUUAAAGAGAUAUUCAGCAUAACACAGGACGGAGGAGAGUUUGUCUCCUCAGACAACUCUAACAUAUCUUUAAAUAUACCAAGUGAUAAUAAUGUGGAACAACAUCUACAGGUUAUCAUGCAGGUAAUCAGUAUCAGUGAAGAUGCCAUUCUAUCAGCUCAAAUCCAAGACCCUCUACUGAACAACAUACUUUCCGUAAGUGUUAUUGUGAUGCUAACCCCCAACACUGACGUUCCAUUUACCAUUCCUAUAACCAUCAACCUGCCAGCACCACCAACACUGGAAGAUAACGAAGUCAGUGGCUGUUUGCAUGUGCUGACAGCAAAGAAUGACAAUACAUGUACUCCUUUCUUUAGAAAUUAUACUCUUGAAAACGGAUACAUAACCUUGCAAACCUACCAUUUAGCAGGGAAAGUUGCAGUAAUGACCAGAUCAAAAUGCCAAUAUAAGGCCUGUAAAUGCACUGAAAGUCUGCUGAUGAUGAUUUUGUCCUGAAGAUGGAAACACGAAGAACGGAAACUAAACUUAAGACAGAAGUCAGCUGAAGUUUUAUUCUAUUCAAUUAAACUCUAAAGACACAAAAUUUAGCAACAAAAUAAAUGCUUGUCUUUUUUUCUUUUAA